CAUGUCUCACUGUGUGAGUCUGUCUCUCUGUUGUUUUUGACUCGCUUCAGAGAGUCGGAGAGGAGCGGACUGUCAGGACCGGACUCCAGCCCCGUUUAGCCAACUGGUCCUAAGCGCCUUGUUCGCAAAGACAAAGGAGGAGGGGAAAAAAGAGGAGAAGAGAUGAAGCAGCUCCACCUACUGUGGCUAGCCAGCUUCCUGGGCUCUGUGUCAGGCUGCCCUGAGGUCUGCGACUGUGGUGAGAAGUACGGCUUCCAGAUUGCAGAUUGUGCCUACCGUGACCUCCAGUCAGUGCCCCCUGGCUUUCCAGCCAAUGUCACCACUCUCAGCCUCUCUGCUAACCGUCUGGGAGACUUGGAAGCAGGUGCCUUUGAUGAGGUGCCCUUGCUGCAGUCUCUAUGGCUGGCCCACAAUGAGAUCCGGGUUGUGGCCCCUGGCAGCCUAGCCCCGCUGGUCUACCUCAAGAGCCUUGACCUGAGUCACAAUCUUAUCUCUAACUUCUCUUGGAAUGACCUUCACAAUCUCAGUGCCCUGCAGCUGCUCAAGAUGGAUAGCAAUGAGCUGGCUGUGAUACCUAAGGAUGCCUUCAAAAACCUUGGGGAUCUGAGGUCCCUACAGCUCAACCAUAAUCGUUUCCUGACUCUGGUUGAUGGCACUUUUGAGGGGCUCACCUCCUUGUCCCACUUGCAGAUCAAUGACAACCCUUUUAAUUGUACCUGUGGCUUGUUGUGGCUCAAAGUGUGGGCUGUGGCCACAGCCGUCUCCAUCCCAGAGCAGGACAACAUUGCCUGUUCUUCACCUCCCUUCCUCAAGGGCAUCCCUCUGGGCCGACUCCCACCUCUACACUGUGCCCCACCUACGGUACAGCUCACUUACCAACCUAACCAGGAUGGAGCUGAGCUCCGGGAUGGUUUUGUCCUGGCCCUGCACUGUGACACUGAUGGGCAACCCCCACCAGAGGUCCAGUGGAGGAUCCAGACACCUGGUGGCAAGGUUGAGAUCACCAGCCCCAAUGUUGGGCCUGAUGGACGGGUCCCAGGAGUAGCUGGGUCCCCCCAGCCCCGCUUCCAGGCAUUUGCCAAUGGCAGUCUGCUCAUCCCAGGCUUUGGGAAACAGGAAGAAGGGACCUACAGCUGCCGGGCCACCAAUGAGCUGGGAAGUGCAGAGGGCUCUGUGAAUGUGGCUCUGGCUUCUCCAGGGGAAGCCAGCGAAGAUGCCCUGGGCCGGAAGUUCCAUGGCAAGGCGGUGGAGGGCAAGGGCUGCUACACAGUCGACAAUGAGGUGCAGCCAUCUGGGCCUGAAGAUAAUGUUGUCAUCAUCUACUUGUCUAGCACAAACCCAAAGAAAAACAAAGCAAAUUCCCUUGAGCUACUGGGCCCCUGGAUUCUUUUACUGUGUUUUUCUCACCUGAUUUUCUAACUUCUCCUCUUUCCUCUCUUCUUCUCUGUGUCCCAUAAUAUCCUGUUCCCCUCAAUAUUGCCAUCUGGUUAGAGGAUCCAUGGAGUUCUCUCUCAUCCAACUUUGUCCCUAUCCAUUGGCCUCCCAAAGAUGCCCUCAGACUUUUCUGGUGUUACCAGGGGUGGUGAGGAGAGUAGCUGGCAUUGCUUCUAGGAGGUGACAAAAGCUUGUCCUCAGUGUUUUGGUGUCUUCUUAUUGCCCCAAAGGCUCAACAAUGGGCCUGUUGAGACACUCACAGCUUAGCCAUCUUGAGGGGCCCCUGGGCCAACCAGGGGCAGAACGAAAACAAUCGAAGAUAUGUGCCUUAGAUUCAACCCCCAAAACCUGAAUUGUGUGCCUUUGCAUCUCUUUGGCUCCCCCUUUUAGUCACCUCCUCCUCACCCCAUUUAAAUUAAUCCCUCAAACCUCCUCUCAGCUAUCUGGGGGUAGAAAGGCUCUGAGAAACCAAUUCAUUCCAUGGUGCUAUUAAUUGAUAACAGCUUCAGUGUGCUUUCCCUUCUGAGGUGGAUUCACGGUCCAACCUGGGCAAUAUUUGAAGUGGAAGCAAUAAAGCUUUAAUAGUAGAGUUCUAGACAUUGUUAGAAGCAAUGAGGGAGAUAUUUAGGGGAGGAGGGUCUUUUCUAACUCUUCCCACCUCGUUUCUGGGGGCAGGAUGGUCCUCCUGGGGUCACUGAGUGAUGGCUGCAGGGACCACUCUGGACAUAGGUGAGGGAGACAGAAAGGAAAGCUCUAGGCCAUGGUGAUAUGCCUGGGUGAUGCCUGGCCUCGACCUCCUCUCCUCUGAUCUCUACCUCCUCUCCUCCUACCCCAACCUGAGCUCUUAGACACUCCCAUUCAUAGGACUGGCGGUUUGAGCAACACCUCCUCUCUCAGAUCAGAGGAAACAAGCUGGUGUUGAUCUAAGCCUGUCUCUCUUUACCAUGAGAAUGAGGGUGGAUGUACCUUCAAUUCCUUCUUCCUACUCCUUCACCUGCCUAUGGCCUCCCUCAGCCCUAGAUAACCCUUCUGCCUCCUCCUUCAUCUAGAUGUAUUCUCCUGGAGUCUCUGUCCUACCUUGUACCCUUCAACAGUGCUGGGACAGAAGAGUGGCAAAGAUGUUGCCCAUUGCAAUAAAUAGUAUUUCCCAUGA